AUGGAGGAGAAAUACAUUGGGUUACUUUUGGCUAUAACCUCUAGCAUGGCUAUAGGAACAAGCUUUAUAUUAACAAAAAAAGGACUAAUAGAUACGGCAGAUCGAACGGGGUUCGAGGGGGAGGGGUUUACAUAUCUAAAGAACCCCAUAUGGUGGAUUGGGAUGGUGACUAUGAUUCUCGGUGAGAUUGCGAAUUUUGCUGCAUACGCGUUUGCACCGGCAAUCUUGGUAACGCCUCUAGGCGCAUUGAGUGUAUUGGUUGGUGCAGUAUUGGGCACAUAUUUCCUCAAAGAGGAAUUGGGAGUCUUAGGGAAGCUAGGAUGUGCGAUUUGUCUGAUCGGCAGCGUAAUCAUCGUGCUUCACGCACCUCCAGACAAAGAGAUUACUACCAUCGAUGAAAUCUUGAACUACGCAAUUCAGCCAGGCUUUCUGCUUUACUGCGUAUUGGUCAUUAUCUUUUCAUCGGUAAUGAUUUACGUUGUAUCCCCGAAAUACGGAAAGAAGAAUCCACUUAUCUACAUUUCAAUCUGUGGGACUGUUGGUUCAUUGACCGUCAUGAGCUCCAAAGCAUUCGGAAUCGCUGUCAAAUUGACCUUUGCUGGCGACAAGUCGGAAAAUCAAUUUACGCAUCCUAGUACAUAUGUAUUCGUUAUUGUUGUUGGAGUCUGCAUUCUUACCCAGAUGAACUACUUUAAUAAGGCUUUGACCCAGUUCUCGAGUUCUUUAGUUACACCUCUUUACUACGUCACCUUCACGACUGCCACCCUAGUUGCCUCGUUCAUUCUUUUCCAGGGUUUUAACACUACUGAUCCCGUCAACACUAUCUCGCUUCUUUGUGGCUUCCUAAUCAUUUUCAGCGGCGUAUAUCUUCUCAACAUCUCUCGAACAGACCCCAAUGGAAAACGAAUUCUGGCGAACGGCCGAGUUUCGACAAGCUAUGAUGAGGGUGUGCCGACAGAUGGCAUCACUGGACUCCAGGUACGACGAAGCAUGCAGCUGCGGAGGUCCGAUGUUGGAGGGACCAGGAGCAGCAUUGGCGCAAGACUGCUGGGAAGAGAUGACGAAGAAAGCGCGGUGGGAUUAACGGAUUUGGCAGAGGAUUCGGACAGCUAUAGUGAAGAUGAUGAUGGGAUGGGGAGAUUAGAGAGCACGAGACGAUGA